AUGUCCCGUCGACCGCCAUCCGACGCCUUCACCCGCUUCACCUCGACCACACCUCACGCCAUGCAGCGGCCCGCGACGACAUUCACCUACCAGCCCGCCUCGCGCCCGGCCGCUGACGCUCGGCCGUCCCCAAAUUCUUCAUCUUCGUCCCCAUCUUCACCUCCAAACUCUCAACAACCUCCACGCUCACAAGGACCGCCCGGCGAAACACCGCAAGAAAGAGUAGCACGUCUACGAGCGGCCGCACGAGCGGCGAAGGAACAAGCGGCCUAUUCGCCCGUAGAGCGCGUGAUCGAGGUCGGCCGACGCUGGGCCGACCGUGCCCACCGGUUCACGACGUACGGCCUGCUCCUAUUUGCAGGUGUGUCGACCGUGGUCGCGGCCUACGGCACUACGAGUCUGAUCGCCCACAAUCGGAGGCAGAAACGGGCCUGGAUUGAGCGCGAACUGGACCGGCUGGACGCGGCCCGCCAGGCCUUCCUACGUGGUGAGGCGAAUGCCGAACAGCUGCAUCUGCUCGAGCAGGAGCGGGCCGGUCAUGAGAUGGAGUCGGCGAGGAACAUCGCGGCCGAGAAGAAGAAGAACGAGAGUUAUUGGAGCAAGAUCAAGGGUAUGCUUGGCGGGCAGAUGGCCAAGGGCGAGAUGGGCCAGGAGACCGAGGCGGAGAGGCUGGAGAGAGAGGCGAGACAGGCUAGACGGCAGCAGCAACAGAUCGCCGGAGAAGGGUUUGUCGAAGGCGAGGUGCGGCCUGUUGCCGUGGCGGAGAGCGGCAUCAAAGGCGUCGGCGUCGACUCCAAGGGUCGACCGGUGCCGGCGAAUAAAGUGGAAUAUCUCGCUACCAAGAUCGAAGAGGAGAGGAGAGCGGGCGAGAAGGAAGUCACUGCACAUACAAGGUCCAAAGGUGGUCCCCUGGACGCCCUCGCCAGCAAUGUGGCAGAUGCUGUCAAACCCUCGACUGAAAGCCAAGGAUGGCUGAGUUGGAUCAGAGGCAGUAAAUCUUAG